CCGCCAGCGCCACCCGCCGGCCGCGGGGCCGCACCGCGCCUCCCCCCGUCCCCCCCCUGCUCCGGCUCUCAAUGUUCCACACUGCCCGGCCACAGAGCCGCCGCCGCCGCCGUAGAGCCCCCCGGCCGCCUCCGUCCCCUCCUCGGGCGCCGCGGGCCCGGCCCGGCCCCCCGCCAUCCCGCCCCUCCGACCCAGCACUGGGACAGGACGCCGGCGAAGUUCCCCACAAUGUCCAGUGAUAGGCAGAGGUCAGACGAUGAAAGUCCAAGUACCAGCAGUGGUAGUUCAGAUGCCGAUCAGAGGGAUCCGCCUGCACCUGAACCUGAAGAGCAAGAAGAGCGAAAACCCUCUGCCACCCAGCAGAAGAAGAACACCAAACUAUCCAGCAAAACUACUGCUAAGCUAUCUACUAGUGCAAAAAGAAUCCAGAAGGAGCUAGCUGAAAUAACCCUUGAUCCUCCUCCUAACUGCAGUGCCGGUCCUAAAGGAGAUAACAUUUAUGAAUGGAGAUCUACUAUACUUGGACCUCCAGGUUCUGUAUAUGAAGGAGGUGUUUUCUUCCUGGAUAUCACAUUUUCAUCUGACUAUCCAUUCAAGCCACCAAAGGUUACUUUCCGCACCAGAAUUUAUCACUGCAACAUCAACAGUCAGGGAGUCAUCUGUCUGGAUAUCCUGAAAGACAACUGGAGCCCUGCUUUGACUAUUUCAAAGGUUCUGCUGUCUAUUUGUUCACUUCUGACAGACUGCAACCCAGCUGACCCUCUGGUUGGAAGCAUAGCCACUCAAUACCUGACCAACAGAGCAGAACAUGACAGGAUAGCCAGACAGUGGACCAAGAGAUAUGCAACAUAAAUGACAAACUACUUGUGCAGUGUGAAGGUGCAGAAGGCAACUUUGCAGUGUGCAACAAAUCUUUAUAGCCUUUACAAUACGGACUUCUGUGUAUAUGUUAUACUGAUUCUACUCUGCUUUUAUCCUUUUGAAGACUGGGAUACUGCCCCUCAGAAAGGUAAAUGCUAUCAAGAGUAGAAGUUUGUAGCUGUAGAUUAGUUAUGUUUAAAAUGCCUACUUGCAAGUCUUGCUUCUUUGGGAUAUCAAAAUGUAUUUUGUGAUGUACUAAGGAUACUGUUCCUGAAGUCAACCAAAUAUUAUAGUGCAUUUUAGCCUAAUUCAUUAUCUGUAUGAAGUUAUUAAAGGUAGCUGUAGAUUACUAGGAAUUAUGUCAUUUGUAUUAAACCCAGAUCUAUUUCCAAUAUGUGGUACAUGCUGUUGUGAAAACUGUUUUAACUUUUACCUUUGUCAGUUUGUAAUGAAAGGAUUUCCUUUUUCCCUUUGUAGCUCAGAGAGCACCCAGUGUAUCAUCUCAAACACAAUAAACAUGUUCCCCAAGGAGUA